AUGGGGAUGACCCUUAAUAACUUUCCUUUGUCACACCAAAAGGAAGGAAACGCAGCAAAGAAAAAUGACCCUGAGGUCUUUGUGCCCCUUUUUUUACAAUGACUUUUGCCGCCGCCGACGACGAUAUAUCUCCUCCUCCUGCUACUACCAGUGCAGCUUGUGAUCAGCAACAUGAAUUCGUUCCUACUUCACCACCUCCACCACCAUUUGAGCAACCACCGAUAAAGCCAAGAUUAUCGCUCAACUUUAACCGUUUCGACAAUUUGCCUUCAACUUAUGUUUCAGAUGCAUCUUUUAACGUUGGCGCUGACGACGAUGGUAACGACGAUGACCAAGAAAAGGACGAUCCCUUGAUAAUGGAUCGAAAUCAAAUGGUUACGUCGCCAUUUAAUUUAGCAACAAAAGACGAAAGUUCGGAAGACGAAUGGCUUAUGCAUGGCACUGGCAACAUUCUGGAGGACGAUAAUGACGAUAGCUUCGAUGGUGUUGAUAAGAGAAAGAGCGACGAUUCACAUCAUGCAGUUUCACCUGCUACGCCAAAACCAUCAUCCAUUAACGAGCCAAUAACAGUAGAUGAUGCUGAUGAUGACGACUACUACUACGACAAAGAGCCAUUAUCGAACAAUGACGCCAGCAACAACAACAACAAUGAUGGCAGUACAGAACAUCCUGAUGAAUCUCUUGAUGAACCAUCAUUGUCACCUCCUGCGCCUUCACCUCCUCCACCUGUACACCCUUCCUCUCCUUCUUCUUUAAUAGUUCCAUCCUCUACAGUAGCAACAGUAACAACAACAACGAAACAUCUAACGUCUCCUUCUUCAUUCCAACAACAACAAAAACAGCAGCACAUUACCACAAUUAACAUCAACGGCAAAAGCACCAAGCAAAAUAUUCAUUCUUCUUCAUCACUCUCUGACGCCUCAUCCUCGAGUUUUGAAAUGAUUAAUCAUGAUGAAGAGGAACCACCAGCAGAAGAGGAGUGCUCAUCAUCACAGACUUACAAGACGGCAACAACAGCAACAGGAUUGGCAAAAAAUGGAGCAACAGGAACAGCAGAUGAUGAAGUAACCUGGAAAUCAGUACGUGGCUUUGGUCCUUCCAUUCCUUUCAUGGCCGAUAGCAGCCAAGCAAAAGGAAAGGGACGUGCUACUACUUCCAACGAUAUUGUCAACAGAGUACUCCGCAUUCGAAUGCAACAAGAACAAAGAUGUCGUAAAGAGGCUCGUAAACGUGCUGAAACAGAACGCCAACAGGCUCUUCUUGAUCAACGAUCGCAAAACCGCAAUUUUCCUGAACGACGUGGCUAUUAUGGAUCACCACCCCCACCUUCUUCUCAACGAGGACGAGGACGACGACAGACAUCAGCAUCGUCCUCGACAUCUGACAUUGAUGACAACGACAAUGGAGAAGAAGAAGAGGAAGAAGAUGUGUGGGUUCAAGAACAUAAUAAAAGCCAGAACCAAAGCUACCACAAAGACCAUCACGACGGCAAAGAAAUACUAGACGGUGUCGCUGUUGGCGAGGACGAUGAUACAGAAGAGGCAACACGACUCUUACUCGACCAAUUAGAAACGCAAGACCGAGAAAAACAUGAUUCUGAAGACGUGGUGUUUCGUGCCAUCCAUGAUCGAUUCAAGUUUCAAAGCGAUGUUGAUACGCGUCAGGCCAUCCACAAAGUUGCGCAUCACAUGUUGGAACUCAAACCAUUCGAGCAAUGGAACACGAUACGGGUUUUGGACUUGGCACAUCACCACAUCGCUUCUAUUUCUAAUCUCGGUACCUUGUUGCCUGCUUUGGAGACCUUACAUGUAUCUAAUAAUGCAAUCACGGAUAUGCGAGGUCUUCCGGAAUCAUUGCAAGUUUUGAAAGCAAAGUCAAACAGAUUGACAAGUAUAGCCGGACUCAAGGACCUUCGGAAUUUACAUUACCUCGACGUAUGCAACAAUGGCAUUGCCAGUUUUGACGACAUUACAUCCUUGUAUCAUUUACGAACGCUCCAUGCAGAGUAUAACAAAGUGUCCUCUUGUAGUCCAUUGAAACGGAUGAAAGAUCUUGCAUAUAACAGGAUUGAGUGUCUAGAGUCGAUUGAAGGCUUGCCAAGUUUACGAUCACUUAAUUUGGAUCACAACGAUAUCAAAUGGAUCUCAAUCCGUGCACCGAUCGCAAAGCUCAAAGUGUUGCGCAUGAGCUACAACCGACUAAAAGCAUUCGACGCAACAUUUUUCCCAGAUUUACGGACACUGUAUCUCGACGACAACCAAAUCUUACGGAUUAUUGGCCUAUCAUGCAUUCCCCGCAUAUCGAGCUUCUCACUUCGCGACCAAGGCGGCCAAAAAGUCGAUGUCAACAUCCGGUACUUGCGCGGUGCACGCAAAAUAUAUCUUUCAGGCAACAUGCUCAAAGAACUGGUUCGGAUGGAAGAUUUCUACACGUUGGAAUACUUGGAACUUUGUUCGAUCCAACUGGAAAAACUACCCAAAGAAUUCGCGCGUGAUGUGCCCAACUUGGGCGUGCUGUACCUGAGCCACAACUAUUUGCAAGACAUUCGACCUCUGAGGAAACUACGGCAUUUGCAAAAGCUGGUGCUGGUGGAUAAUAAGUUGGACAGUGAGUCGAAUGUCAUUGAUACAGUGAGGACGUUGGACCGGUUGCAUUAUUUGGAUUUACGGCAAAACCCGCUGUCGGCCAAACUCUACCCGCCCAUCAAGACGAUCGAACAAUCCAAGAUCGCAAGUGGCGAUAUCUCAUGUUAUUUGGCAAACGAGUAUGACGACACUUGGGCGUCUCGUGACGCUUACUUUAAUCAGAACAUGGAUCCUCAGUGGCAUCAGCGGAGGAAGUGCCAUCGUGCCUUGUUCAUAAAAUGCCGUCCGUUGCUUCAGACCCUAGAUAAUUUGCGCAUCACGGACGAAGAGAGAAACACGGCUGAUAACAUUGCUGCAGAACUUAAACAAAAACAAAGCUUGUUACAUUAAGUGAAUAAAUAAAUAGGAUGGGUUCUGCUGGUGUAACCGAUUUUGAUUUUCUUCUUGUUGACCGUCUUCCUUUCUCUCCUCGGCACAGAAUGACGGGUUGUACGGCUAAUAUUUGGCGACGUCUAGUACGGUCAACGACACGACGACCUCGAUCGCUUCACACUGAUACUGCAUCCACGCUAGUAUCAACUACCAACAACAGUAACAGU